GGCUCCGGUCGCUUGCGGCCCGGCGGGCUGAUAGCCCCGCUCUAUGCCCUCAGGUCGGUAGCCGGUGCCGCCGCCAUGGCGCUGAUCGAAGGCGUUGGCGAUGAGGUGACCGUGCUCUUCGCGUUGUUGCUGGUCGCCGUGGUGCUGGGGCUGGCCUGGGCCUCCACCCGCGCCCCCGAGCCCGCCGCGACGCCCCGCGACGCCGCGACGCUGCCCGAGGAGGGCCCGACCCCCGCCCCGACCCCCGUCGAGCACAAGGCGGCGGCGGCCGGAGCGGCCCCCGAUGGGACGGACGGGCUGGCGGCGGGGCUGCGGCCCCGGGCCGGCCCCGCACCCGCGCAGGACCCCCUCGGUGAAGGGGACGGUGACCCCGCCGAGCCCACCAUGGUGCUGCGGUUGAAGUUCCUCAACGACACGGAGCGCCUGGCCCGGGUGCGCGCCGGCGAUACCGUCGGGGCCCUGAAGAGGGCCUAUUUCCCCGGGCAGGAGCAGCAAGUGCGGCUGAUCUACCAGGGCCAGCUGCUGCGCGAUGACGCCCAGAGCCUGGCCGCCCUGCACCUCGCCCACAACAGCGUCCUGCACUGCCACAUCUCCCAGCACAGCCCGGCCCCCGCGCCCGCCGGCCCCCACGCCUCCGCCGACCCCGUGCACGCCGCCCUCAACGUGGGCAGCCUCAUGCUGCCGCUCUUCGUGCUGAUGCUGGCCGUGCUCUGGUACUUCCAGCUGCAGUACCGCCACGUCUUCACCGCCACCGCGACCACCUUCCUGGCUGGCCUCACCCUCCUCUUCAGCUUCAUGGCCUUCACCAUGUACCGCAGAUAGCACGGCCCCGCGCCCCGAAAGGAGCUGCUGCGCCCGGAACGCACGUGGUGCCGGAUG